GGUUUCGAGAAAAGUCAGCAUGAAGCCACACUGUUCAUCAAGACAACUACAAAAGGAUCACUGCUUGUUAGCAUCUAUGUAGAUGAUGUAUUUUACACUGGUACAAGCACUGAAAUGGUAGAAGAGUUCAGAAGAUCAAUGGAGGCUGAGUUUGAAAUGACUGAUCUGGGGAAGAUGAAGUAUUUUUUGGGAGUAGAAGUAAUGUAGAGAGAAGCUGGCAUCUUCAUUUCACAACAGAAGUAUGCAAAAGAGGUCCUGAAGAGGUUUAAUUUGGCUGAGUGUAACUUUGUACACAAUCCCAUUGCUCCUGGAACUAAGCUAACUAAAGUUGGGGAUGGCUGUUUGGUGAAUGCUACUGAGUACAAGCAACUUAUUGGCAGCCUGCUGUACAUCACAGCCACACGACCAGAUUUGAUGUUUGUUGUGUGUUCUUUGAGCAGAUACAUGGAGGCUCCCACGAGGCAACAUCUACUGGCAGCCAAAAGGAUCCUAAGAUACUUGAAAGGAACUCAGGGCUAUGGCAUCUGGUACAAACAAGGAAGUGGAGAAGACUGUCUGAUGGGCUUCACAGACAGUGAUUAUGCAGGAGAUUCUGAUGAUAGAAAGAGCACUAGUGGGUACAUUUACUUUCUUGCAGGAGGGGCAGUAUUCUGGGCUUCCAAAAAGCAGCUUGUUGUUACUUUGUCUACCACAGAAGCAGAAUUUGUGGCAGCUGCAUACUGUGUUGCCCAAGGGGUAUGGCUAAGGCGAAUUCUUGCUGACAUUGGAUGGAAGUCGAGUGUGGAGAAAGGGACUGUCAUCAUGUGUGAUUACAGCUCUACCAUCAAGCUGUCCAAGAACCCUGUUCUCCAUGGAAGAAGCAAACACAUCGAUGUCAGAUUUCAUUUUUUAAGGGAACUGGUCAGAGAUGAAAUUGUGGAGCUCAGGUAUUGUGGCACUAAGGAGCAAGUGGCUGAUAUAAUGACAAAGGGUCUGUCUUUGGAGGCAUUCUGCAGGCUAAGGGAAGAACUUGGUGUUUGUGAUGUUUUUGGAAGUGAAGAGGGCAUUAAUGAUGAACUGAAGCCUGCUGCUGAGGUGCUUCAGUUCAGGGGAGGAUAAUGUUGGAAGAAGUCCUGGUUGAACAAGGAUUCCGCUCAGCUCUCGGAUUCAAAGAGUCAGGCGCCAAAAUUUGAAGGUUGUUCAAUGCUGGAGAAUGCGGCGCCGUUUGGUUUAUGUUAAAUAAGCAAUGUUGCGUUUUGCAUUAUUGCAGAGUCAGUCUUUGUUUUUUGUUUUGUUGCAUUUUGGUCCUCGAGCAGUGAGUCAAAGCUGUUGAGCUUUUCCAGCUCAAUUUGUUUGAGUAGUUAGUAGUGGCAGCGGGUUUCCUGGUCAGUGGAACGUUGGAGCAGUAGUUAGUCGAGUCAAUCUCAAUUUCCUAUAUGUACUUUGCUUCUCAUCUCAAUAAGAUUUGUCAGAUUGC